CGCACGGAGCUCCCGCGUUGUGGAGAAGGAAGCCAAGAUGGCCGAGGCGGAGGCAAGCGGAAGCCCGCUGGGCGCGCUGCUUAGCGGCGUCGCUCAGGAAAUCUUUUACCGAAACAGCGACGUGACGGAGGAGGUGUUGAGAAGCGAACUUUACCCCGAGGCCACACGGCAAGACUUCAAGGCUUUGUACGAUAAAAUGAAGGCGCUCCUGAAGUCGAUGGCCGCGGCCGACAUGGACCACCCCCAGCUGGAGGCCUUCCUCACCGCCCAGACCCGCAAGCAGGGGGCGGGCGGCGUCGACCCCGAGCAGGCAGCCGCCCUGGCCCGCUUCUGGAAGAGCCAGCGCGGGCGCGUCCGCCAAAGACUCCUGGCGCACGGCCGCUGGGAGCCUGCCCUCAGGGGCCUGUCCUGGCGGCUGGACCUGCAGACGGCAGCCCGACACGGGGGGCCGAGCCCCGGCCGGCCCCUGGCCCUGCUGGAGCUGGAGCUGGGCAGCGGCGAGCGGGAGUCGGACUUUGUGUGUGUGGAGAUGGAUGAGCACAACGUACAGCGCGUGCUGAACAAAAUGGCUGCCAUCCAGGCCGCCAUCGACGCCGUCGUUCAGCGCACUUGACGCGCUCCUUGCGCUGACGCAGGAAGUCCGAGCCCGGAAAUCCCCCCCCCCCCCCCCCCCCCCCCCCAGCGUGCUUCCAAAAUGGCCCCCGCGUGUAUUCAAAUCCAAUGUGGCCGCCACUCAGCUCAUCAGAUUUGCCUUUGACGUCCAAAGGAGCAUGAAGACCAAGUCGUGGAGCGUGCGCCGGGUCAGCUCUCGGGGUUCGGCCAAUCGGGCCGGUUGGGUGGCGUCGCUUCAAUAAAGCAGCCGCUCGAGGGGCACAAAUAGACGAACAGACCGAUCGAUCGGCGGUCAUUUCCGAUCAUCACGAUGGACAAUUUAGCGUUUUGAAGGAAGCCGCUCUGAACUUGUUGACCGGGAGCCAAACGUGCUGCCUGUGCUAGCUUGAGCUACUCGUGAGCAAGUGUCGGCUACAAGCACCUU